CUGCCAAACGGAGCGUGUCAGCUCGCAAGUCAAUGCCAUGUACCCACGGGCUAACACCUGCUGCCCAAAUAGAGGUCUGUCAGCCUCCUGAACGCCCACUCUCUUCAGUGCAGAGGAUGCUGGGAAUGUGUCGUGGGCGCAGGAAGUUCCUGGCAGCCUCCCUGAUCCUUCUCUUUAUCCCGGCCCUCACCUGGCUCUACCUGUCUGCUACCAACUUCACAGUGAAGCCGCUGCCUCUGUCUCCACUGGAGCCUCAGUCCUCUACGCUGGCUCUGGAACUACGGGUACGGGAGGUGGAAGAGGAAAACCGAGUGCUCAGGAAAGAGCUGAGUCAGCCACCCAGGAACCCCACCCAUGGUAACCAGUAUGGCAGUGGACGCCAUGUCAACCAAUCUCAUGUUGGCAGAGAGGGUUCGAGACAUGCAGAGGCUCAGAGAGGAAUCUCACCAGGAAACAGCUCUGACUGUGUGUCUCAGCCUGUGGUGGAUAAGUGUGAGACAAUUCAUAUGGCCAUAGUGUGUGCCGGGUAUAAUGCCAGUAGAGACGUGGUGACCCUGGUGAAGUCUGUGCUGUUCCACAGACGGAACCCUCUCCAUUUCCACUUCAUUACAGACUCCAUCGCCCAGCAAAUCCUGGCCUCCCUGUUCCACACCUGGAUGGUUCCAGCUGUCCAAGUGGACUUUUAUGAUGCUGAUGAAUUGAAGUCUGAGGUGUCGUGGAUUCCUAACAAACAUUACUCGGGUAUCUAUGGCCUGAUGAAGCUGGUACUGACAAAGACGCUGCCAUUAAACCUGCAGAAAGUCAUCGUUCUGGAUACUGACAUCACCUUUGCCACAGACAUCGCUGAGCUGUGGGCUGUCUUUCACAAAUUCAAAGGUCAGCAGGUGCUUGGUCUAGUGGAGAAUCAGAGUGACUGGUAUUUAGGGAACCUGUGGAAGAACCAUCGGCCGUGGCCAGCUCUAGGUCGAGGCUUCAACACUGGUGUAAUUCUCCUGCUGUUGGAUCGUUUGAGGAAGCUGAGAUGGGAGCAGAUGUGGAGACUGACAGCAGAGAGAGAGCUGAUGAGCAUGCUGUCUACAUCACUAGCUGAUCAGGAUAUUUUCAAUGCUGUCAUCAAACAAAACCCUUUCCUGGUGCACCAGCUGCCAUGUUUCUGGAACGUUCAGCUGUCUGAUCACACACGCUCCGAAAAGUGCUACAGAGACGUAUCUGACCUCAAGGUGAUCCACUGGAACUCUCCUAAGAAGCUGCGGGUAAAGAACAAGCAUGUGGAGUUUUUCAGGAACCUUUAUCUGACCUUUCUGGAGUACGACGGCAACCUGCUGAGGAGGGAGUUAUUCGGCUGUCCGAGUGAAACCGACCACAAUAGUGAGAAUCUCCAGAAGACUCUACUGGAGCUUGAUGAGGAUGACCCAUGUUAUGAGUUCCGGAGAGAGCGCUUCACUGUGCAUCGCACACACCUCUACUUCCUGCACUACGAGUACGAGGCCAGUGCAGACCAGACUGACGUUACGCUCGUGGCUCAGCUCUCCAUGGACAGGCUGCAGAUGCUAGAGGCCAUCUGUAAACACUGGGAAGGACCCAUCAGUCUGGCUCUCUACCUGUCUGAUGCUGAGGCACAGCAAUUCCUGCGUUAUGCCCAGGGUUCUGAGGUACUCAUGAGCAGAAGCAAUGUGGGAUACCAUAUCGUCUACAAAGAGGGUCAGUUCUACCCUGUCAACCUGUUGCGCAAUGUUGCCAUGAAACAAGUCAGCACACCUUAUAUGUUCCUGUCUGACAUCGACUUCCUGCCAAUGUACGGACUCUACGAAUACCUCAGGAGAUCUGUAGUACAGCUGGACAUGGCUCACACUAAAAAAGCUCUGGUGGUGCCUGCAUUUGAGACACUGCGAUAUCGGCUGUCCUUUCCCAAAUCCAAGGCUGAGCUUCUGUCCCAGCUGGACAUGGGCACCCUCUUUACCUUCAGGUACCAUGUAUGGACAAAGGGUCAUGCUCCAACCAACUUCGCAAAAUGGCGGACAGCCACAACGCCGUACAGAGUGCAGUGGGAGGCUGAUUUUGAGCCAUAUGUGAUGGUGAGGAGGGACAGUCCAGAAUAUGACCGCAGAUUUGUGGGAUUCGGCUGGAACAAAGUGGCUCACAUUAUGGAGUUAGAUGCACAGGAAUACGAGUUUGUGGUUCUACCCAAUGCCUACAUGAUCCACAUGCCUCACGCACCGAGCUUCGACAUCACCAAGUUCCGCUCCAAUGAGCAGUACCGUGUUUGUCUCAAGACUCUUAAAGAGGAGUUUCAGCAGAACAUGUCCCGCCGCUACGGAUUCGCUGCACUUAAAUACAUGACUGCAGAAAAUAACAGCUAGCACCUCUGCCAUACUGAAAUUCUGCAUGUGAGAUGGAGAGAACCACUUUAGAGUAACAUAAAAAAAAAUGGCAGAAAUGGACAGUAAUAAGUGAUGGAAAGUAAGCGGACAGUAGUAAAUGAUGAAAUCUUCAAAUCACAGAGCGGCUGGUACGCUCAUAAAAAACAGACUUUAGACGGACAAGUAAAUUAAUUUCCAUAAGUCCCCACAGUGCUACAACUCUGGCUAGAUAGAUGUUAAUCCUGCAAAUUUCAACCUUUGAAAUGUAUAUUUUUUCUAGGUUUUUCCUAUUUUUGCCUCAGCACAAAUUUAUGGUAGCAAAAACCUUUUUUGUUUUAUAUUUCUUUUAGGGAGUCAUGAUU